AUGUCCUUCCAGGCACCGCUCCCCUCACAUUCCCGUUCCCCCCACGACCGGCAAAAUUCUCAGGGCUUUGCUGGCCUCGGCUUCUCUUCAAAUCAAGUCGGCGGCUUUUUCGAAAACGAACGCACCCUUCCGAUGUAUAAAGACAAGCCUUACUUCACGCCGAGGCGUACCGCUCCACGGCGACGAUGGAAACGCAUUGGCAGUCUGUUAGCCUUAUGUACUUUGUUUUUUUUCUGGUAUAACAAGUCCUCUCUCCCAUCUUUGAAGGGCGCGAGCUCUUCAGAAAGAGGGGCACGGCUCUGGAAGUGGGCGCAAACUCUAGAAGAUGAAGCACCAGAAACCGUCGAUUGGAAUGCGCGUCGCGAGAGAGUUCGGGACACCUUCAUCGUUAGUUUUGAUGCUUACGAAAGAGAGGCAUGGGGCUACGAUCAAUACAGCCCAUCUUCUAAGAACCACAAGAACAUGGUGGACGGCGGGAUGGGUUGGAUGAUCGUCGAUUCAUUGGACACCCUCAUGAUUAUGAACCUGUCAUCUCAGGUUCGCCAUGCCCGUCAGUGGAUCUCCACUUCGUUGCGGUAUGACCAGGACCAUGAUGUGAAUACAUUUGAAACAACCAUUCGCAUGCUAGGUGGCUUGCUGUCUGCCCACUACUUGUCUACUCACUUUCCUGACCUUGCCCCGGUUGCGGAAGACGAUGUCGGUGCUGCUGGGGAAGACCUGUACAUUGAAAAAGCCACUGACCUGGCGGACCGGUUGCUUGGAGCAUUCGAAUCAAAUUCUGGUAUUCCAUUUUCCAGCAUCAAUCUUAAUACGUCUACUGGCAUACGGUCACACUCCGAUAGUGGUGCCGCAUCCAUAGCCGAGGCAACCACUGUACAACUCGAGUUCAAAUACCUAGCGAAAUUGACCGGAGAAGCUGAGUAUUGGAGGGUUGUGGAGAAGGUUAUGGAGGUUGUGGACGGACAACACCCAGAAGAUGGUCUCGUUCCUAUCUACAUCCAUCCAGACUCUGGAGAAUUCAUCACAAAGAACGUUCGCCUCGGAAGCCGAGGUGACUCCUACUACGAAUACCUCAUCAAGCAAUAUCUCCAAACAUCGGAGCAGGAGCCUAUUUACAAGGAAAUGUGGGAUGAAGCAAUACAGGGUAUUCGCAAACACCUUCUUGCAUUCUCUAGAAAUGCCAGGCUGAUGAUCUUGGGUGAACGACCCCGGGGCCUGGACAAGGGCCUUCUCGCCAAGAUGGACCACCUUGUAUGUUUCAUGCCAGGGACAAUUGCGCUGGGUGCCACUGGGGGCCAGCCUCUGUCCAAGGCUAGACAGUCCCCUGAGUGGACUCAACAGCGUGAGGAAGAGAUCCUAAUCUCCCGAGAGCUCAUGAAGACCUGCUGGGCAACAUACGCAAGCACAGCUACUGGCCUUGCCCCUGAGAUUUCCCAUUUUCUCCUGGAUGAAAUCCCAGUCAUGAUGGCAGACAAAUAUGCCGAUCCUGCCAAAUCCACCGCCUCGGCACCCUACGAAUUGCAAGGCAUCUCCCUUCCACUAUCCCGACAGGCAGACGGCAUGGAGCCCUGGAGACGGGAUAUCGGUAUUCAUCCUAUGGACCGCCACAACAUCCAGCGCCCUGAAACAGUCGAGUCCCUCUUUUACAUGUAUCGUAUCACAGGCGACGUAAUGUAUCGCGAAUGGGGAUGGGAAAUGUUCAAGGCUUUCGUCCGCCAUACGGCGGUAGUUGAAACUGUGGGAUCGACAAUCCCCGGGUUAGGUGAUCCGCCUCAUGAGCGUAUCAAGAGCUUCACUUCUGUGGGCAACGUCGAGAAUAUACCCCCGGAGAAGCGUGACAGAAUGGAGAGCUUCUGGCUGUCCGAGACCCUGAAAUACUUCUACCUCUUAUUUUCGGAUCGUGAUUUUAUCUCGCUUGAGGAGCAUGUCUUCAGCACAGAAGCGCAUCCACUGCCGCGAUUUAAGCCCAGCGGAGAGCUGAAAACAGGGUGGGAGCGGAAGCAUUGA